AUGUACGACAAACUUGAUCAAUCGAAGAGUCAGAUUAGGCUAAUUCGUCUACUUCCUGGCCAUGACUUCGAUGAGAUACAUUGCGAACUUUUCACCGUGUCCUUAGAUGAAUCAAAUGCGUUUGAGGCGCUCUCGUACGUAUGGGGAAAGAAGGACAAUCCUCUACCGAUCAUUCUUGGUGGGCAGGAAACCAAAGUCACGAGGAGCUUGGAGUCGGCCCUUCGGCACCUCAGAUAUGAUGAAAAAGAGCGCAUACUGUGGGUUGAUGCCGUCUGUAUAAACCAAGGCGACGAUGAUGAACGAAGGUCUCAGGUGCAGCUGAUGCAACGGGUAUAUUCGAGUGCUACUCAGGUAGUCGUGUGGCUUGGCCCACUCCAAGAAAAGGAUGAGCAAACCAUUGAAAUGAUAGAAAGGCUGGGCAGUGAUCGAAGGUUACAUUGGAGCGCCAUCCCAAAUAUAGACUUUGAACUUUUGAGGUUGUAUCGUUUCCUACGCCAUGACUGGUGGUCGCGCAUAUGGACGGCUCAAGAGGCUGCCCUUGCAAAGCAGAUAAUAUAUUAUCGAGGGAAGACACGCCUAUCCAGCCAUGUCUUAACCAACAUGGCCAUAAGUUACACAGAACACGUCUCGAAAACCCACUGCUGUGACAGCUUGAUGGCUCCAAAGAACAGGGUGGUCGUGUCAAGAGACGUCACGACUUUGACAGAAAAUAUCCUACAACUACGUCAGUUCCAGUUGAGAACUCGAAAUUACAACUUCGAUGAGGUCGCCUUGAUGUUUCGACAUAGGCAGGCGACAGACCCUCUUGAUAAGGUUUACGGGCUCCUUGGGAUAUCUUGCGGUAUCAAAGAAUCCUCAAUCGACUAUAGAAAGAGCAAGGCUGAGGUGUACGAAUUGGCCACACGGGACAUUAUUUCCCAUAAUAACAAUCUAAAUAUACUCAGCCAUAUAUUCCAUUCGAAACCAGCCAACUCUAAGCGUCCUUCAGUCGCAGAUGGAUUGGUGAACUGGCCAAAAGAUGUACCGUCUUGGGUACCAGACUGGACAAUCAUAGAUAACAAAGCUGGAGGCGACAUCGAGCUCAUAAGAUACAAGGCCCCUCUUUUAGACCAUUACAAUGCAUGUGGUACACUGAGUUACAAGUCUAUGGGAGAUACGGUAGCCGGCAGGCUGCACGUCAAUGGAGUGUGCUGUGACACAAUUGAAGAAAUCAGCAAUAAAUCUUAUGAACAAUACCUUACUCCCGAUGUGGAUAUCAUACAAGACUGGCGUAGGAUGGCAGGAAUGGAGAAAGAUCCAGGAAAGGGUUACGUCGGAGGAGACACGGUGUCCGAGGCAUUUUGGCGAACUUUGUGUCUGGAUAUCCGCGCACGCACUAUCCUAGGCGAAGGGAAAGUCCGGCUCAUCAGGCGAGCUGGUGAUAGAGAACGUGCCGUACAUCUCGCGUACUGGUACACGAGGCUUGCCGGCCGUACAGUUCUGCGUGUUUCAAGAGAAGAGGCUGGCUUCAUGAAGAGGGUGACUGAAUUUGACAAUCAUAUAUUAAAAACGACGGUGCGGCGGAGAUUUGUCAUUUCGCGGAAAGGGUACAUGGGAUUGGCACCUUCUGGAGUCGAAAUUGGCGAUCACAUAUGCAUUCUUGCCGGUGGUAAGGUGCCUUUCAUUGUUCGAGCUGUGCAACAUAAUGAUAGCCAGGCUACCUCGCGGUUCGUGUGCCGCCUACUUGGAGAUUCGUAUAUUCACGGACUUAUGGAUGGUGAAGCCAUGAAGUUGGUGGAUGAUGGCGUAUUGAAAGUAGAAGACUUCGAGCUGAUAUAAUAAGCUUAGCUGACAUUCCAUCGUGAAGAGCACCUUUACGAGCUCUUGCUGUCUUUUAGCGUUAGUUAGGAAAUUGGAAUGUCUCAGCUUC